CUUUGUCUUUUGAGUCAAACAGGUGAAGCUGUGUCUCCAGCAUUAAAGUCAGACUGCUGUUUCCUGUGGAGCCUUUCAAAAUAAAGCGUGUUUCCUGGAGGAAGUGGUUUGCUGCGGGUGCAACUGUUGUGUGAUGAGGCUGUGGAGGAGGAGGACACGCGUCUCUGCAGGACAGUUUCACCUCUGAGCUUCUUCACAUUUACAGGAACCAGACUCACGUAGAGAUGAAGGUGUGUGUGUGAGCUGAUGUGGACGUGAAUUCAGCAGAAUGGACCAGUGUGAGGACGGAGAGGAGGGAGUCCCUCCCUCUAAAACCUCUCUGUGUGGGGAACAUGAGAGUGGGAGCAAAGCUCAGAGGAAUCAACCUGGACCUGGACCUGGACCUGAACCUGGACCUAGAUUUGGACCUGGAGCGGGACCUGAAUCUGAAUCUGAAUCUGAAUCUGGACCUGGACCUGGACCUGGACCUGCACCUGCACCUGGACCUGAAUCGGAAUCUGGACCUGGACCCAGCUGUGUGUCCUUGAAGAGCGACCAGUCAAAGGACUAUUUUAUUACCUUUAAGGGAGAGCAACAAUCCGCUGUAAAGAGGAUCCAUCAGAAAAGAGACUCUCUUGAACAUGAACCCAGCUGUUUGUCCUUGAAGAGCGACAGGUCAAAUGAGAGAUUUAUUAACUUUAAAGGAGACCCACAUUCUUCUUCAGAGAGAUGUUUCUGCUGCAGUUCCUAAAAAGCGGCUGAAGUCUAAGCUGAAGAAGAAGUACCAGUGUGUGUCUGAGGGGAUUGUUAAAGCAGGAAACCCAACCUUUCUGAAGCAGAUCUACACAGAGCUCUACAUCACAGAGGGAGGUACUGGAGAGGUCAACGAUGAACAUGAAGUCAGACAGAUUGAAGCUGCAUCCAGGAAACCAGACAGAGCAGAAACAGCCAUCAGACAGGAAGACAUCUUUAAACUCCCACCUGGAAGAGAUGAACCAAUCAGAACAGUGAUGACGAAGGGAGUGGCCGGCAUCGGGAAAACAGUCCUAACACAGAAGUUCACUCUGGACUGGGCUGAAGGAGCCAACCAGGACAUCCAGUUACUGCUUCCAUUCACCUUCAGAGAGCUGAAUGUGCUGAAAGAGAGAAAGUUCAGCUUGGUGGAACUUGUUCAUCACUUGUUCACUGAAACCAAAGAAAUGUGCAGCUUUGAAGAGUUCCAGGUCGUGUUCAUCUUUGACGGUCUGGAUGAGAGUCGACUUCCUCUGGACUUCCACAACAAUGAGGUCCUGACUGAUGUUAAAGAGUCCAGCUCAUUGGAUGUGCUGCUGACAAACCUCAUCAGGGGGAACCUGUUUCCUUCUGCUCGUCUCUGGAUCACCACACGACCCGCAGCAGCCAAUCAGAUCCCUCCUGAGUGUGUUUCCAUGGUGACAGAGGUUAGAGGGUUCACUGACCCACAGAAGGAGGAAUACUUCAGGAAGAGGUUCAGAGAUGAGGAGCAGACCAGCAGGAUCAUCUCCCACAUCAAGACAUCACGUAGCCUCCACAUCAUGUGCCACAUCCCAGUCUUCUGCUGGAUCACCGCUACGGUCCUGGAGAAAGUCCUGGAAACCAGAGAGGGAAGGGAACUGCCUAAGACCCUGACUGAGAUGUACAUCCACUUCCUGGUGGUCCAGGCCAAACUGAAGAGGGUCAAGUAUGACGGAGGAGCUGAGACGGAUCCACACUGGAGUCAAGAGAGCAGGAAGAUGGUGGAGUCUCUGGGAAAACUGGCCUUUGAGCAGCUGCAGAAAGGAAACCUGAUCUUCUAUGAACCAGACCUGAGAGAGUGUGGCAUCGAUGUCAGAGAGGCUUCAGUGUACUCAGGAGUGUUCACCCAGAUCUUUAGAGAGGAGAGCAGCCUGUACCAGGACCAGGUCUUCUGCUUCAUCCAUCUGAGUGUUCAGGAGUUUCUGGCUGCUCUUCAUGUCCAUCAGACCUUCAUCAAGUCUGGAGUCAACCUGCUGGAGGAACAAAGAAACACAGAGACUGACCUCUAUCAGAGUGCUGUGGACAAGGCCUUACAGUGUCCAAACGGACACCUGGACUUGUUCCUCCGCUUCCUCCUGGGUCUUUCACUGGAGACCAAUCAGACUCUCCUACGAGGUCUGCUGGAACCAAAACAAAGAAGUUCACAGACCAAUAAGGAAACAGUUAAAUACAUCAAGGAGAAGAUCAGUGAGGAUCUGUCUGCAGAGAAAAGCAUCAACCUGUUCCACUGUCUGAAUGAACUGAACGAUGGUUCUCUGGUGGAGGAGGUCCAACGGUCCCUGAGGUCAGGACGUCUCUCCACAGAUGAAUUGUCUCCUGCUCAGUGGUCGGCUCUGGGCUUCAUCUUACUGUCAUCAGAAGAACUGGAGGUGUUUGACCUGAAGGAAUACUCAGCUUCAGAGGAGGUUCUACGGAGGCUGCUGCCGGUGGUCAAAGCCUCCAAGAAAGUUGUGUUGAGUGGUUGUAACCUCUCAGAGGACAUCUGUGCGGAUCUGUCCUCAGUUCUCAGCUCUCAGUCCUCCAGUCUGGUAGAACUGGACCUGAGCAACAACGACCUGCAGGAUUCAGGACUGAACAAGCUGUUUCCUGGACUGGGGAGUCCACACUGUCACCUGGAGUCUCUCAGGUUGAGUGGCUGUAACCUCUCAGAGGACAUCUGUGCAGAUCUGUCCUCAGUUCUCAGCUCUCAGUCGUCCAGUCUGGCAGAACUGGACCUGAGCAACAACGACCUGCAGGAUUCUGGACUGGAGAAGCUGUGUCCUGGAUUGGAGAGUCCACACUGUCACCUGGAGUCUCUCAGGCUGUCAGGCUGUCUGAUCUCAGAGGAAGGCUGUGCUUCUCUGGUCUCAGCUCUGAGCUCCAACCCCUCCCAUCUGAGAGAGCUGGACCUGAGCUACAACCAUCCAGGAGAGUCAGCAGGGAAGCUUCUGUCUGGACUGGAGGAUCCCCGCUGGAGACUGGAAACUCUCAGGGUGGAGCCUGCUGGACAACGAUGGUUGACAACAGGUCUGAGGAAGUAUUCCUGUCAACUCACCAUCGACACAAACACAGUCAACAACAAGAUCAAACUGUCUGACGACAACAAGAAGAUGAUGUGUGUGGAUGAGGAUCAGUCAUAUCCUGAUCAUCCAGACAGGUUUGAGUACAAGCCUCAGCUGCUGUGUAGAGAAGUUCUGACAGGUCGCUGUUACUGGGAGGUCCAGAGGAGAGGAUAUGUUUCUGUAUCAGUGAGUUACAGAAGAAUCAGCAGGAAAGGGGACUCUGGUGACUGUUUGUUUGGAUUGAACGAUCAUUCCUGGAGUCUGGAAUGUUAUGGUGAUGGUCGGUACCAUGUCUGUCACAAUAACAGAGAAACACCUUCCUCCUCCUCUUCCUUAGUCUCUGACAGAGUAGCAGUGUAUGUGGACGUUCCUGCUGGAACUCUGUCCUUCUACAGCGUCUCCUAUGACGGACUGAUCCACCUCCACACCUUCAACACCACAUUCACUGAACCUCUCUAUGCUGGGUUCUGGUUCUGGUCUGGUUCUGGUUCUGGUUCUGGUUCUUCAGUGUCUCUGUGUUGAGUUCAGUCUCAAGAGUCUCCUCCUGUCAGAGAAACUGUCUCUGUUGUACAGAUAGUUGAGUCUGUUUCCAUCAGAACACACAAAUCACAUGUUGGUGAAAAUGUUCUGAAUGAUUCCUUGGAAACUUCUUCCUCUUCCAGUCCUUUAAAGGUGGAAGCUGCCGUUAUUCCAGGAUCCACAUGUUGUUCUUCUGUCUGUUUCAAGUAAGAUCUUCACAGUGAACACCAGCAUGUUGUCAGAGAGGAAUCACUGAGCUGCAAUCAGCCAAGAUGAAGUUACAACGUGCUGACAGAUCUGAGCACUGAGCAAGGUUGCUGUGCAGCCAGGGUUCAUCCUGAUCUUUAUUCACACCACUUCCUGUUCCAGCCAUGACAUCACUACUGGACUGUCAGGUGUCUGUCAUGGUAAAGUGUUCAUUCCAUCCAUUAUCUAGAAGUGCUUCUUCAUGUCCAGGGUCCCGGGGGUCGGCCUUGUUGAUUUUAAAUGUACUACGAUGAUCUUUAUGUACAUUUGUCAGUAGAAGGAGAAAUCAACAACAAUAAUGUACUUCUAUGGUUCCUAGACUGUAGAAGAACUGGACAACCCCUCCAUGAUGUCAUCUGUAACGUUGUUUUCAGCUCUCAUUAUCUCACCUAAUGAUUCAGUGAGUCAAGAAAACUGUUUGGAAAUAAGAUGUUUUUAUUGCAACCACAGAUUUUAUGGUCCAUUGUCCACUGGAUCACAUUUCUACCAAAUCUAUAUUUCUGUAUAUACCAAAUAUAAUCAGCUGUUUUCCUUCAUUAAAAGCGGUUUCAGCAUCUAGAGUACGAAGUGCAGCUCAGGGAGCAUACUGAACAAUAUUAAAGUGUUUAUGAUGUCA